AUGGCAACAUGCGGCGGCCUACAGCAGCUGUUUGAGAUGCCAUUGCCUGAAAAUCCAUCAUGGAAACAUAUCCAAUCCAUGAAAGCUACUGCAGGAGACAACAAUCACCAUCACCAUUCAUUCACAGAGAUAUUUGGUCAGCUAAAUCAACACAAUCCCUCCUCCUCCACGCUCUCCCCCACGUCCUCCCUGUCGUCGUCGGACGAGGAGGAGAUGAGGAGUCCUGCGAGGAGGAACUAUGGGGGGUUUCCGCCGCCCAUAUCUUGCAUCGGGAAGAGGUGCUUGCAGCCCAUAAGGCAGAAUGGGAGGUUUAUUCUGACGGAGAUGAGAAUCUCGACGCAGGAGUUCCUGCACGCGUGCCGCGAGAACGGGCGGCUCAAGGUGCACGUCGUUCACUCGGACGAGGAGGAGGACGACGUCGAGACCAUCCAUGGCACCUGCAAAUAACAAGUAGGCACCAGCUAAUUAAGUCAUGUUUGCAUCAAUGUCAAUGCCACCUCCUUUUUUUCCAUCAUGCAAAUAAGACAGCUCUAGUAAUUCAUAAAAUGUUGCUACUUCAUAGCAGAGAGAACACAACACAAACCUGCAUUUUUGCUGCUUC